UGGGUGUCGUCUUUGAGCCAUGCAUACUGCAAAAAAUUUUGUGAAUAGACGUUUGGCUUUAAAAAUAUUUCAAGACCAUUCCCUAAUUCAGUUUUUAGAUGCUGAAUCCAAAAAUCUUUCAGUAAUUUGCGUUUUCAACCGGAAAAAAGUGUCAGAAAAAAAUCGAGACACAUAUAUUCGUGAUCGCCUCGAAAUUCUCUAUUGAACGGUGCUAUUAUGGUCGAAAAUAAUUUUCAUUCGAACUUUGAAUUACGUCCAUCUUAACUAUAGAAUUUUUUAUUUUAUUCAAGUUUUUUCAGAUCAAAUUUUUGGUCUACAAAUAAUAAAUAGCAACACAACAAUAUAUCACAAUAAACAAUUUUGGUAUUUAAAACUUUUCAUCGCAAAAUAAAGAUAACAAAAUUAUAAAAUACAUCAAUAAAAGAAAGAAAAGUGAACGUUCAAAGCUCAUUAAUAGCCAGUCCACUUUUCACCUGGUGUCACAUAGAUUAUUGUUUCACCAUAUCGACAUUGUACAAUACCCUGAUAACCGGUUCGUGGAACAUUACUCUAAAAUAUAAAAAAAAUAAUUAGAUAAAAUGUUAUAAAUAUUGUUUUAAUUCGCGAGUCGUUUUUAUAUACCUCACUUUUAUUUCUGUUUUCGAAACAUACUUUCGCAAAAAAAUUAUAAAUGAACCAAAAUAAACUCAAUUUGAUACAGUAGAUGAUAGACAAAACUUAUUUCUCUUUCGAAAACUGAAUUGGCGCGCUUGCAAUAUGCAAACAAUUUGCAAGAUUUUGUAGCCUUCGUAGUGUUGUUUCAUUUUUUCUUGUUGGUUUUUUCUACUUCUGACAUUUUGUGUUUUUAGUCUAAAAAAACGUGUCUGUGAUUUUGAUCGUUUAAUGUAUAACAAUAACAACAUACUAAAAAUCCAUCGUUCAAAUAGCGAAUUAGAUCUAAAAACAAGCUUUAGUGAGCAAACGGUAAUAGCGGAUGAGAAUCAGACAUCAAACAAAAAUCAAUCAUUGACAUAUAUUUCAUGGAGUGAAGCACAACAUUUUUGUUAUACUAACGAAUACAAUAACAAUACAACGGAUAAACAAGUUAUUGAUCAAUACGGUAACGAAUUUGAGCACGCUAUUAAUGAUGCUGUAGAAUUUUUUGAAAAAAUUCUUUCCAAUUGUUCAUUAUCCGAGACAUCGGUAAUCAGUGAUCAUGAACAACAGUCACAACGCGCAAAUAAACAAUCGACAUUAGCAAAUAAUGAUUUAGAUCUUACUAUGGAUAAUAAUAGUGAUUUUAAUAGAAAAUUAGAACAGAAAAAAUAUGAAUAUGAACACUUACAAAGAACGUUCAGGAAACGUCCAUUACAAAAACUUCAACAGCAAAAAGAAGUAGUACCAGAUAAUGAUGAAAUAAACUAUGCACGACCAAUGCGUACAAAUACAACGGCGACAAGAAAUCUUGCCAAAAAACGAGUUGAAUGUCGAAAAUGGUGCGAUGAACAAUAUGGUAGUUAUAGUGAGUCAUAUUCAACGUAUGAUACACGAGCAACAGAAAAUUUACGACACUCGAAUACAGAUAAUAUUGAACGAUAUGAUAAUGAUUACGAUGAAGGUGUUUCUGAUACGAAUCGAAAGAACAGAAAUAACCGAGAUGAUGGUUACACAUUUUUGUGUCGUCGAGCUGACAUACAAAAACCAAAUGGUACCGUGUUUAUUUGUGUUAGAAAAAAAAGAAGUUUUAUAUUCAAUCAGAAAUAA